AAUAAUUAAGAAUUAAUAUUAAUAUCAAAUAUUUCACUUUGAAAUAUUUUUUGGAGAAAAUAUUGCCUGUUUUGUGUUUUUGACAUAAAAAUAGGGUUUUGGCAAAGAGGCAUAACGCAAAACAACAAUAAAUGAAUAACUUUAUCGGCCGACAGACCUGAAGAUGAUCUAGAAACCAACUUAGGAAAAACUUGGCUCCCCAAGUGACCGACAUUAAAACACGGUAGCGUAGUAGGCCUAAGUAUUCAUUAAAAACACGACAGAGGUUUUAUUUAGCAAGUAUAUUUAAUAUUUGGGGCCACUAUAAUGUUACACACAGUAAAUAUAAAUAUAGGAAAAUAAAACACUGUACUUUAAUCAAGUUUUGAGAGUCACUGAUCUAGAGCACAGCACAUCAUAUGGCCUGCAAAAGACUGGAAAUAAUAAAGCACAUUCUGGCAAAAUAUAUUUAUAGUAAAAUCAAUGAAAUAGUUGCCUAUGCAAAUUCUGCAGGAAGGUUAUUGAUUGUUUAUAUUCAUAUAUUCACUGUUACAAGCAGCCAUAAUUGCGAUGGAAUGAAAAAAUUCAUAUAUGACUUAUUUUUAACAUUUUUAUGACUGAGUGGGGCCUUAACGGUUACAAUGACUAUUGCAUCGUAUUGCCCGCAUGCUUUUAUUUUGGAAAAAGUUUGAAGAUAACGUUGGAAAAUGUUUUGCAUGGAAGUCGCUGUGUCCUCUCAGCAGCGCCCCCAGCGGAGGCGAGUGUCCCUGCAGGCGAGCAGCGGCAAACGACGCUGGCCGCCAUGUCUGAUCGUCGUGCGGAGGACUAGCGGCGCAGAGACCCUCCCUCAUCCCAGGCGGCGGUUAAGGGAGGGGGGGCGGGUGGUCGGAUCCCCACCACCACCACCACCACCAUGGCUGACAGCGCGGGGAUCCAGCAAGGCUCCCCGGCCAUCGGCGCCGUGGGCUCGGCUCCGGCCGCUCCGGGCCCCGGGGGCGCGGAGGGCUCCGGCGCCGCUGGGGGCUCGGCGCGGAUCUCCGUGAAGAAGGCGCAGCUCCACUCGUCGCCGCGGCCCAAGAAGCUGGAGAAGCUCGGCGUGUAUUCGUCCUGCAAGGCUGAGGGAGCGUGUAAGUGCAACGGCUGGAAGAGUCAGAACCCGCCCCCCACGCCGCCGUGCAGCGAGCAGCCGCCCGCCAGCGCCAACCUCCAGGAGCCCUGCCGCAGCUGCUCGCACGCUUUGGGCGACCACGUGACCCACCUGGAGCACGUCUCCGAGGACGAGAUCAACCGACUGCUGGGCAUGGUGCUGGACGUGGAGUACCUGAACACGUGCGUGCACAAGGAGGAGGACGCCGACACCAAGCAGGUCUACUUCUCGCUCUUUAAGCUGCUGAGGAAAUCCAUCUUGCAGAUGGGCAAACCCACGCUGGAAGCCCAGGAGAGCCCUCCUUUCGAACGCCCCAGCAUCGAGCAGGGCGUCAACAACUUUGUCCAGUACAAAUUCAGCCACCUGCCGUCCAAAGAGCGUCAAACCAUCGUGGAGUUAGCCAAGAUGUUCCUCAACCAGAUCAACUACUGGCAGCUGGAGACGCCCUCCCAGAGACGCCAGAGACUCCCCAACGACGACGCGGCGGGGUACAAGGCCGACUACACCAGGUGGCUGUGCUACUGCAACGUGCCGCGCUUCUGCGACAGCCUGCCGCGCUACGAGACCACGCAGAUCUUCGGCCGCACGCUGCUGCGCUCCGUCUUCACCGUCAUGAGGAAGCAGCUCCUUGAGCAGGCCAGGCAGGAGAAGGACAAGCUGCCGCCCGAGAAGAGGACGCUCAUCCUCACACACUUUCCCAAGUUCUUGUCCAUGCUGGAGGAGGAGGUGUACAGCCACAGCUCCCCAAUCUGGAGCCAAGACUUUCUGGCAGGGGCUCCGGGGGGACAGAUACCUGUCCACACAGUUAUCAGUGCUCCUCCGGUGGCCAGGCCCCUGUACUACAGCAUCAGCCCGUCUGCGUCAGUGGAGCUCUCUGGCGGCGGAGGCAGUCCUGCCAGGAAAACGGCCUCAGUGCUCGAGACAAAUUCAGGUGGCGAGAAGCGCAAACCCUCCGAGCCCCUCCCCCGGGAGGAAAACAAGAAGCCCAGGGUGGUGGGCGACAUCCCCAUGGAUCUCAUCAACGAGGUCAUGGCGACCAUCGCGGACCCCGCCACCAUCCCAGAGCAGAACAGCCUCCUCUCGGCCCACUCGGCCCGGGACGAAGCGGCCCGCCUGGAGGAGCGUCGCGGCGUGAUCGAGUUCCACGUCAUCGGCAACUCUCUGAGCCAGAAGCCCAACAGGAGGAUCCUCAUGUGGCUGGUGGGGCUCCAGAACGUCUUCUCCCACCAGCUCCCCCGCAUGCCCAAGGAGUACAUCACCAGGCUCGUCUUCGACCCGAAGCACAAGACGCUGUCGCUGAUCAAGGACGGCCGCGUGAUCGGAGGGAUUUGCUUCCGCAUGUUUCCCUCGCAGGGCUUCACGGAGAUCGUCUUCUGCGCCGUCACGUCCAACGAGCAGGUCAAGGGCUACGGCACCCACCUGAUGAACCACCUGAAGGAGUACCACAUCAAGCACCACAUCCUCAACUUCCUCACCUACGCUGACGAGUACGCCAUCGGAUACUUCAAGAAACAGGGUUUCUCCAAGGACAUCAAAGUCCCCAAGGCCAAGUACGUGGGCUACAUCAAGGACUACGAGGGAGCCACGCUCAUGGGUUGCGAGCUCAAUCCCAGCAUUCCCUACACCGAGUUCUCCGUCAUCAUCAAGAAGCAGAAGGAGAUCAUCAAGAAACUCAUCGAGAGGAAACAGUCCCAGAUCAGGAAAGUCUAUCCUGGACUGUCCUGCUUCAAGGAGGGAGUGCGGCAGAUUCCCAUCGAGAACAUUCCUGGCAUUCGUGAAACUGGAUGGAAACCUCUGAUUAAAGGGAAGGAGGUGAAGGAUCCAGAGCAGCUGUACAUCACACUGAAGAACAUGCUGCAGCAUGUGAAGAGUCACCAGAAUGCUUGGCCCUUCAUGGAACCUGUGAAGAAAACAGAGGCGCCCGGCUACUACCAAGUCAUCCGCUUCCCCAUGGACUUGAAGACCAUGAGCGAGCGCCUGAAGAGCAGAUACUACACCACACGCAAACUGUUCAUGGCCGACAUGCAGCGCAUCUUCACCAACUGUCGUGAGUACAACCCCCCAGAGAGCGAGUACUACAAGUGUGCCAACCUGCUGGAGAAGUUCUUCUACACCAAGACUAAAGAAGCCGGCCUGAUGGACAAGUGAAGAGCGGGAGACAAACAUCCUUCCUUGCCAUGUGCCACGUAGGGCAGUUUGACUAUCAAAAAGCACUUUGAUCAUUUGCCAACUUAAGCAUUUCCUUUCUCUUCCUCCGCAAUUUGACUGCUGUUGACUUCAACGCUCUGGAGAUGUUUGUGUGCUCUAAUUCGUCAAGUCUUAAUUUAUUCUUUGACAUUUGUACUGCAGUUAGACAACUUUCUACUUUGUGCAAUACUCUGUCAUUUCUUGUGUUUUGUAACCAGAAAAGAAACAUUUUGUAUGAGACGCCUGCACUUUGAUGCUUUUAUAGACGCAAUAAACAUGACGUCACGCUAA